CGAAUAUAAGUAAUUCCCCACCGGUCUGACAGCAAACGACUGGACCCGUCUUCUUCCCCAGAGUGGAGAGUUGUUCGUUUACGAUCCUCUGCAUCCGUUGUUAAACGUUCAAUCUUUGAGGCACAUUAUAAUCGAUCAUGGCUGCCUAUAAGUUAGUGCUGAUCCGCCACGGAGAGAGCAACUGGAACCAGGAGAAUCGGUUCUGCGGCUGGUUCGAUGCGGAUUUGAGUGAAACCGGGGAGAAGGAGGCAAAGCGAGGUGGACAGGCUCUGAAAGAUGCCAACUUUGAGUUUGACAUUUGCUACACCUCCGUGCUGAAGCGGGCCACCAGGACACUGUGGCUGGUCCUGGACAGCAUUGACCAGAUGUGGGUGCCAGUGCACCGGACCUGGCGGCUUAAUGAGCGCCACUACGGAGGCCUGACUGGGCUAAACAAAGCAGAGACGGCAGCCAAGCACGGAGAGGCUCAGGUGAAGAUCUGGAGGCGCUCGUUUGAUACCCCACCUCCUCCCAUGGGCCCAGAGCAUGACUACUACAGUAUCAUCAGCAAGGAUCGUCGCUAUGCAGACCUGACUGAGGACCAGCUUCCGUCCUGCGAAAGCCUGAAGGACACCAUCGCGCGGGCGCUGCCCUUCUGGAACGAGGAGAUCGCCCCACAGAUCAAAAAGGGAAAGCGGGUGCUCAUCGCUGCCCAUGGAAACAGUCUAAGGGGGAUUGUCAAGCACCUGGAAAGCAUGUCCGAUGAAGCCAUCAUGGAGCUGAACUUGCCCACAGGCAUCCCCAUCCUCUACGAGCUCGACAAGAACCUGAAGCCUGUCAAGCCGAUGCAGUUCCUGGGAGAUGAGGAGACUGUACGUAAAGCCAUGGAGGCUGUGGCUGCUCAAGGAAAGGCCAAGAAGUAAUUGGCCCAGAAAAUCCCACUUUGUGUACGACAGAGUAGGUUUUACCCCAACGACUGACCUCGGUUUAGUGUUUUUGCUUAAUCCUAACCUGGGUUGUAAUACACAAGGAGUACACUGUUGUCAGACGGUAACCUCACUCUACAUGCACAGUGUGGGGAUAGUAGAUGGUGAAUGAUCAGGAUAUCUAUUCGGGUCACGGCUGUUAUCACAUAUUGUAAUUUUGUUGUUGUUGCAAAAAUGGCCCAUUAAUAAGACAACCUUUUUUUAAAGUCCAGAGUUUAUUACUAUACAACACAGGGUUGGUAGUCUAAUUUUGAUUCAUGAUAAAUAGACUAAUAAAAAAGCAAAACUAUCAUAAUCUUGUUUCCAAUAUUGAUGAUGAUGUAUCUGUCACAAAUGCAGUAAAGUUUAUGAGCGCUGACGGCCAACACCUUUACAUGCACCAUUGAAGCUGUAAGUCAGCUCAUGUACUCUGUCUUUAAGAGUGGAGAAGGUACAAAGGUCAACUAGAAUGGAAAGCCUUGCUGAUAAAGGUAGUUGGUUAAACUGGAUGUGAUGAUGAAAUACUGUUUUUCAGAUGCAUUUUUGGUCAUGACGAAGUUGUGUGUGAGAUCAUACAUAUUUCUUUUUACCGAUCAGAUAUUGUACUAAUAUUUUAAUUUAAAGAGGACUUUAUGAACCUUUUUAUUGAAGGGACCACUGCUAAAGAGGGAACACUUAAUUUCUAUAAAACGUUUUGAAGUGCAUUCUAUUGAUUAAAAGUUUCCAAUCUCUUGAGAGCCGGAUGGGACUAAGCAAUCCUUUUAUCUUAUAGUCUCUGUAUAUUAAUGGUAUUUGUGCUGUGUAUUUGAAUGUAUCUUGCUGUCUUUUCCUUUUUUGAGUUACAUUAAGUUAAGUCCAAUAUUAAUGCUCCCAAACAUUGCAUUAUUAACAGCAUUGCACUGUAUAAGAGAUAAAGCCUUUUAUUUGGAUUAUUGCCGUUCCAGUUUCACAAUUCCACUGUGAGUCAUGAUUAACGGAAGAUUAGAUUUCUAAAUUCAAAAAUGAUUUUUGUUACUCUGUUUGGCUGCAGUGUGUCUGUCUUUGCCUCUUGGUGUCACAGUAUUUAUGUGUCUGCAGCUCCUAUGUCUAAAGCUUUCCUCACUGCCUUAAGGUUUCAGUUUGAAAUCACCCCUUAUGUAACACAGUAUUUUCUUGUUUCUUGGCAAAUAACUCUUUGUAUGUUAUAUUUAUCUGAAAUCUCUGAUGGUAAUACAUUUAAAAAUCAAAUGCU